AGAGCUCAGGGAUGGUGGUGGCAGCGGCGCUGGGGGGGGGGGGAUGCUGUGGCUGGGGGGCUGAGGAUGUCUCACAGAGCCGGGCUGGUCUCCCCGUAACCAGAGAGCUCCUCUAAUCUCCCAAGGGUGAAGGCAGAGAGGGAGGAAGAGGAAGGAACCUGCGUAUUUCCCAGCCACGCUCUCCCCAGGAGGAGGCCGCCGGGAGCCCCUCUUGGAUCCAUCCUCCUCCCUUUCCCCCUCCCUCCCUCCCCCCCCCAAAAAAAAAAACCACCAACCCCCUCUCCCUCCAGCAGCAGCUCACCAAGGAACGAUGAAAAAAAAUAAUUCUGCAAAAAGGGGGCAGCAGGAUGGGAACCAGCAACCUGUGCAGCCGGAGAAGGUCGGCUGGGUGAGGAAAUUUUGCGGGAAAGGCAUUUUUCGGGAGAUCUGGAAAAACCGUUAUGUGGUUUUGAAGGGAGAUCAGCUUUACAUCUCGGAGAAGGAGGUAAAAGAUGAAAAAAACAUCCAGGAAAUGUUUGACCUGAGUGAUUAUGAGAAAUGUGAAGAGCUCAGGAAGUCCAAAAGCAGAAGCAAAAAGAACCACAGCAAAUUUACCCUGGCCCACUCCAGACAGCCCGGGAACACGGCACCAAAUCUGAUAUUCCUUGCUGUGAGUCCAGAAGAGAAGGAGUCCUGGAUUAAUGCCCUCAACUCUGCAAUCACACGUGCUAAAAACCGCAUCUUAGAUGAGGUCACUGUUGAAGAGGACAGCUACCUGGCCCACCCCACACGGGACAGAGCCAAGAUCCAGCACUCCCGACGGCCCCCGACACGGGGACACCUGAUGGCUGUGGCAUCUACCUCAACCUCUGAUGGCAUGCUGACACUCGACCUGAUCCAGGAGGAAGACGCCUCUCCAGAGGAUCACAGCACCUGUGAGGAGAGUUUCCGGGUGGAUCUGGACAAGUCUGUGGCACACCUGACUGCCGGACGGCGCCGCUCGGAUUCCGAGAACGUCAAAUCCCCGGAGAAAGGCCGGACAGGGAGUCUCCCGAGACAGGAGGUGACCUCCUGGGACAGGUUUGGGCAGCGCAAGGACUCCUUUGACAAAGGGACCAUGUACACGCCGCAGGUCCCCAAAAAGCUCUCGCACUCCGAGAAGAAUAAAUGUGCCUCCAUGGAAGAAAUCCUGUCCCGCCGGGACUGUUCGGCGCAGCGGGCGGUGCUGAGGAGGGGGCUGGAGGCCCAUUUUGCCUCAGCAGAACCAGAGCAGCUCUCCCGGAUACAAGAACUGGUUGCACUCAAACUGGAAAAAACUCAGGAACUGCUGACAGAGGUGAAGGGCUACGGGGAAGGCAAGAGAAAGACCAAGGAUUCUAACACCAGCACCACCACCACCACCACCUCUUCUUCCUCAUCAUCUUCCAAGACGGACUCUGAAAGGAUCCUGCAGGAAUCUGAGAGGUUGCUGGGGGAGGCUUCCUCCACCUGGAGCCAAGCCAAGAGGGUGCUGCAGGAGAUCAAAGAGCUGAGGGACCUGUACAAACAGUUGGAACUGCAGCAGUCGGACUCAAAACCCAAACAGAGCUCACAGUCUCAGUUCAGGAAGAGCAUGAUGUGAAGGCAAGCCUCGGGCUGGGGCGGGAGGGGCAGGGGAGGGCAGCCAGUUGGUCUUUCUUUUUUUAUUAUUCUUUAAUUAUUAUUAUUUACAGUGUUCAAAAGAGUGAAAAGGUGCCUGUUCUCACCCAAAUUUGCUUCUCAAAGCUUGAACCCUUCCUUUCCUCCACUGCCCCCCCUGACGAAACAACCCGGUGUUCCAAUAAAUCCAGUUCCAGUUGAUACCUCCUUUUUUAAAGAGCACCCUUUGCACCCCAGGCCUGUGUCCAGAAAAUUCCCUUGUCCCUUCCCAGAAGAUUCCCCUGCAUGCCUGGAGCAGCACGUGCACAGCAACGGGGACAGAUGCUCUUGUGCUGUACGAGCCCUGGCUUUGCUGCUCUGCUGUCUGAGCUGUGUCCUGCAUCACAGCUCCUUGACCAAGAGUCUCGUCUUGUUCCCUCACUGUCCUCUUGGAAAUAAAUGACAAAAACAAAAA